AUGUCCAGCGACAGCAACGACCUCGCCCCUCCAUUCGGCUACCCCGUCCGCCGCAACGGCACCUGCUACGACACUGAAAAUGACUGCGGUUCAACCUGGGGUCCCUACCGCGAAUGCUGUCCCCAGGGCGCCACCUGCGCCCCCGGGAACUGCUGCCACUCCGCCGCAGCAUGCGGCAACAUUCUCAAACUGGAUCCGCAUUGCGGGAAUACCUCGGCCAUACUGUAUUAUGAGAAUGAUUACUUUUGUUGCUCGAGGGGGACAGAUGCGUUUGCGCGCGUGUCGAAUGGGUUCGUGGGCUGUACGGAUGAUGUUUCUACCUUGGGGUCUGAAUUUAGUUUAUUGUCGCCUGUUUCGACGACGAGUUCGUCUUCAUCUGCUACUGCGUCUGCUACGGUGACGUCACAUGCUGCAUCUACAUCGACAGCAGAUAGUAGCGCAUCAUCCUCGAUAAUAUCAUCAGCAACAGCACAGCCUACAACUGCAUCUUCAAAUACGGAAAGCAAAACAAAUACAGGCGCCAUCGCAGGCGGGGUUGUAGGUGGUGUCGCUGGCUUAGCACUCAUUGUCUUCUUGAUCUGGUUCAUGAUCUCGAGAAGAAUACAGGCCGCACGAAGACAAGCAGAUGAUGAUAUGCCUUCUUCGACAUACUUUGGCUCUCGAAGCAAGAACCAUCACCCAAGAGAGCUGGAAGGGGAUGCUGCUGCUCCGCCCGUUGCUGAGUUGGUGUCUGCUCCGCCGGUUUAUGAGUUGGGAUCACGACCUCCUGUGUAUGAGUUGGGGUCGAGGCCGCCUGUUUUCGAGUUAGCGGGCGGUGUGGGUGAAGGGGGGAGGAUAUGA